GUCAAUGAUCUGUAGAAAGUUGAAAAACCUAGAUUUAUGUAGUUCUGAAAAUUGAAAAAUCUAUAAUCUGAACGAGUAAAAUUGUAUACAGUAUUUCUUAAAAGAUAAUAGAAUGUCAAGACUUGUUAACCUUGUCAUAUCCCUAUGUGUAGUACUUACUGGAAUUCUAGUUAAGGAUAAAUUAGAUGGAUACCUCAGGAAAAAAAAUGUUACAAUUCGUAACAAUGGAUCUUAUGACUUACUCACUCCAGAGGAUUUAGCUCUAUACAAUGGGCAAGAUCAACGUGAACUUUAUUUAGCACUAGUAGGAUAUAUAUUUGAUGUAAGUGAAGCAACUAAACAUUAUGGAAAAGGAUCUUCAUAUCAUUAUUUUGUGGGUAAAGAUGGCUCAAGAGCAUUUAUAACAGGUGAUUUUAAAGAUGAAGGGCCAGAGAAAGAUCAUGUUUUAGACCUCACAUGUGAUGAGCUUCUGGUACUAUUGAAUUGGAUAAAGACUUUUAAGGAAAAAUAUAAACAUGUUGGAUUCGUUAUUGGUACAUACUUUGAUAAAGAAGGCUAUCCAACUGAAUAUAACAAACUAUUCAUUGAAAAAGUAGAUAACUGUAAAGUUCAGAAGGAAAUAGAAAAGCAGAGAAAUAUCAAAUAUCCUCCAUGUAACAUAUCUUGGAGUGCUGAGAAUGGGUCUAAAGUUUGGUGUACCACUUCCAGUGGUGGAAUUAACCGGACUUGGACCGGGGUGCCUCGCCAGCUGUACACCCCGGGAGAAGAGAAGCCCCGCUGUGUGUGUAUCAACAUGGCCGACAGUGAUACCACAGCUGGGAUGUACAGAGAAUACGAUAACUGUCCCAAAUCAUCUACUUCGUGUGUAAUCGAUUCAGAAUCAUAAAUUAUUAUUUAUUAUUGGCAAUAAAACAUUCCAUCAACUUUG